AUGGGAUCCAACGCCUCCUCCUCCUCCUCCAUCCUGCUAUGCACGGAGGACAGUGCCACCCUCUGGGGUGAUGACGGUGAGGUUACGGAGGGGGCGGAGUUGGUUCAUGAUUACUCGGGCUUUUCCGGGCCACAGCUUGAGAGCGACGAGCUUGUGGAAUCGCUCAUGGCCAAGGAGAGGGAGCAACUGACCGGAACGGCAACAGGGUUAUACCUGGAGAGGUUGAGCCAUGGAGGAUUGGAGCUUUCUUGCAGGAACGACGCCAUCGAUUGGAUUUGCAAGGUACAGGCUCGCUACAGCUUUGGACCAUUGUGUGUUUACCUAGCUGUGAACUAUUUGGAUAGGUUCCUGUCCUCAAAACAACUCCCUAAUGAAGCACCCUGGACGCAGCAGCUGCUGGCAGUUGCUUGCCUAUCUCUUGCAGCCAAGAUGGAGGAGACAGUUGUUCCCCUAUCUCAAGACUUCCAGGCUUGCGGCACAAAGUAUGUGUUUGAAGCAAAUGCUAUUCAGAGGAUGGAGGUUCUUCUGCUAAGCGCCCUGGAAUGGAGGAUGCACUCUGUGACACCAUUCUCUUACAUUGCUUACUUCCUCAACAAGUUCAAUGAGGAGAAGCCGCUAACCAAUGAUUUGGUCUCCCGGUCAACCGAUCUCAUACUUGACACUCUGAAAGUGACCAAGUUCCUGCAAUUCAGACCUUGUGAGAUUGCAGCGGCCGUUGCUCUCUCAGUGGCUGCUGAAGCCCGAUCUGUUGACUUCCAUAGCGCUCUUGCAGGCUCUAAAAUCCCAUUAGAUAAGCAAAAUGCAAGGAGAUGCCAUGAAGCAAUACAAGAGAUGGCACUGGUGAAGAAGAAUACCAACACCAGUGCAAGUCCUUCCGCUGUGCUGGAUGCCACGUGCUUCUCUGUCGAGAGUGAUGACAACAGAAUACCAGGAAUAUCAUUACAAACAAUCGACAGCAGCAAUGUCAAUGACAACCAAGCCUGUUCUCCUGCUUCCAAGAGGACUAAGCUAAGCUAA